AUGACUUGUUACCGAGGCUUCCUGCUGGGCAGCUGUCGUCGCGUGGCGGGCGGCCGGGCAGCGGCGCUGAGGGGGCCAGGGGCGGGAGGCCCCGCCGCGCGGCCGCGGCUCGGCGGUGACGGCUGCGGCCGGCGGCACCUGGGGCAGGGGCAGCCGCGCGAGCUGGCGGGCUGUGGCAGCCGUCCCGACGGCGGCUUCCGCCCGUCCCGGGUGGUGGUGGUGGCCAAAACCACCCGGUACGAGUUCGAGCAGCAGCGGUACCGUUACGCGGAGCUCUCUGAGGAGGACCUGAAGCAGUUGCUUGCAUUGAAAGGCUCUAGCUACAGUGGACUGCUUGAACGACAUCAUAUUCACACCAAAAAUGUAGAGCACAUUCUUGAUAGUUUACGGAAUGAGGGGAUUGAGGUUCGUCUCGUAAAGAGGAGAGAAUAUGAUGAAGAAACUGUUCGAUGGGCAGAUGCUGUCAUAGCUGCAGGAGGUGAUGGCACAAUGCUUUUGGCAGCAAGUAAAGUCUUGGACAGACUUAAACCAGUUAUUGGAGUAAACACUGACCCAGAACGGUCUGAGGGUCAUUUAUGUCUUCCUGUUCGAUACAUGCAUUCCUUCCCAGAAGCCUUACAGAAGUUCUGCCGUGGUGAGUUCAGAUGGUUGUGGAGGCAGCGAAUCAGGUUAUACCUUGAAGGGACUGGCAUCAACCCUGUUCCUGUGGACCUUCACGAACAGCAGCUAAGUUUGAAUCAGCAUAGUAGAGCCUUCAACAUUGAGAGAGUUCAUGAUGAAAGGUUUGAGGCUUCUGGACCCCAGCUCUUGCCAGUGAGAGCACUAAAUGAAGUCUUCAUUGGGGAGAGUCUGUCAUCCAGGGCUUCCUACUACGAGAUUUCAGUUGAUGAUGGUCCAUGGGAAAAACAGAAGAGUUCAGGGCUCAAUUUGUGUACUGGAACAGGAUCAAAGGCCUGGUCAUUCAAUAUUAACAGGGUUGCACCUCAGGCUGUGGAAGAUGUUCUAAAUAUUGCAAAACGACAAGGAAAUUUAAGUCUUCCAUUGAACAGAGAAUUUGUAGAGAAAGUAACAAAUGAAUAUAAUGAAUCUCUGCUCUACAGUCCAGAAGAACCAAAAAUACUUUUCAGUAUUCGAGAACCAAUAGCAAACAGAGUUUUUUCAAGCAGUCGUCAGCGUUGUUUCACCUCAAAGGUUUGUGUUCGUUCUCGUUGUUGGGAUGCCUGCAUGGUUGUAGAUGGAGGAACUUCCUUUGAGUUUAAUGAUGGAGCAAUUGCUUCAAUGUUGAUCAAUAAAGAAGAUGAGCUUCGAACUGUCCUUCUAGAACAGUGAAGGAUUUCCUCAGAUGACAAUUUUGAUUACUGGAAAAAAUAGUUUUACUGUGGAAACAGACUGCCAGUCAUAAGGCUACAUUUUUUGGUUAUUGUUGAGAUUGGUUGGCCUUGGGCUCAAAGGUGAUCAAGAAAGUGAGAUUUGUAUUAUUCUUCUGUUGGAUUCUGAUGGAAAAGAUAUUCACUGUGUAAGAAAAUGGAUGGACUAAAUUGAUUAGAAUUCGUACCAGUGAAAUUUCUAUAUUGCUUACAAUUGGUUUCCAAGAGUGCUGAUAUCUUUAAAUUUAGAGAGGUAGGCUCCAAUAAAAGAUUAAAUGUUUAAGAUUUGAAA